AGAGAGAGAGAGGGAGGCGGAGUUAAAGCGUGUAAAGAAAAAUGGUGAGAAGCACGGCUCUGCAUACAUCAGACAGUGAGUCCGGGGAAAGUUGAGUAUAUACUGUAGACUCAGAAAAAGCAAAAUACGUAGAAGUUGGGAAUCCAUUCAGUCGGUGGCCAGCAAGAACUUGGGUUUCUGUCCAAGAGUCUCCAAGGUUUUCCAUCCAGACUGCCAAGCAGCAUGGCUGACAGAGUGAAUGAGGACUGGGAGAAUAAUCCUGGGAAAGACGAGCUGGACUGGGGCUAUGAGGAAGAGUGGGGACUCCAUUUCCCAGCAGCCAACGGUGAGUACCAGUCACCCAUCAACCUGAACUCCAGGGAGGCUCAGUAUGACCCGGCGCUCCUGGACGUACGCCUGUCACCAAACUAUGUGGUGUGUCGUGACUGUGAGGUCAUCAAUGAUGGACACACUGUGCGCAUUGUUCUCAGGUCUAAGUCGGUGGUUACUGGGGGUCCACUGCCCAGCGAUCAUGAGUAUGAACUUCACGAGGUUCGCUUUCAUUGGGGCAAGGAGAACCAGAGAGGAUCAGAGCACACGGUCAACUUUAAGGCCUUUCCUAUGGAGCUCCAUCUCAUCCACUGGAACAGCACACUCUUCAACUCGCUGGAGGACGCGCUGGGGAAGAACAAUGGCGUCCUCAUCAUUGCUCUUUUUGUGCAGGUCGGAAAGGAGCAUCUGGGUCUGAAAGCCAUCACUGAGGUUCUGCAGGACCUGCAGUACAAGGGCAAAAGCAAGAUCAUCCCCUGCUUCAAUCCCAACACUCUCCUGCCUGACCCUUUAUUGCGAGACUACUGGGUGUAUAGAGGAUCUCUGACAACGCCGCCUUGCAGUGAGAACGUCACCUGGAUCCUCUAUCGCUACCCUCUGACCAUCUCGCAAUUACAGAUUGAGGAGUUCCGCAGGUUGCGGUCACAUGCCAAAGGCGCCGAGCUGCCGGACGGCAACGACGGAAUGCUGGGGGACAAUUUCCGCCCCACCCAGCCACUCAGUGACCGGACGGUCCGUGCGGCCUUUCAGUGACUUUCUCCUGGUAAAUCAGAAAAGACCUACAGAAACAAGAGUGGAAGGUAACACAAGAAAGACUGCACUUGCUACCCCCCCAUCAUCCACACCAAUCUUUCCAUCAAUGUUAGGAUCCUGUCCCUGAGGAAUUCACUCCUCCGGAACCACACCAUAAUGGAUCAAGUCCCGCAAGGUCUAGCCCAGUUCACUUACUAAUCUGGCACCAGGCUUUUUGUGCUGCGUAGAGUAUGGAGACAUGUCACAUGUAGAGCAGGAGCACUGCUUUGACAUCUGCUAAAGUGGCGUACAUUGCUGACCUUCAUACGUAGCUCUUUGCCCUUCAGGGAAACGUGCACCUUUUUUAUGAUGCCCAUCAUCCACAAUCCUUAUGUGAGACGUGAACACACACGUCCUUCUCUUUUCUGUGCCUUCUAAAGAUAUAAAAACAGGUAAAAAACUCUUCCUGGGUGCAUUGAUUUCACAUAGCAACAUAGAAAGGAAUGCUACACCUAGCAUCAAACACAAAAACACAACUCCAAUAUGUACCGUUACCUUUGGCUAGUGGCCUGAGGCAUUGUGAGCGAGUGAGUGGUGAAGCUAGUCGCUAGCCAGCUUGUAGCUAGCCGGCGUGGUGUGGCGAGGUGUCACUAUGCCAGUAACGUACAGUCAAACUUGUCUAUAAAAGCGGCAAAAGUGGCCGCUAUAGACAGGUGGCCUCUAUAGACAGGUUGGCGUCCAGUUUGAAUGUUGACCAGUAGAAGGGAAAAAAAGAAAAAAAAAAAAGGGAAAAUAAUAAUAAUAAUAAUGUUGACCAGUAGAGGGCACUGUGUGACUGUGGAUAAAAGUUGUACAGCACUACUAGGCUUGUUAUUAUCCACGACCCACAGAACAAAGCUGUGCUAGUAAUGUCUUACGCUUGUUUUUAAUAUUUUACUUUUUAUACGGCAGAGCGUCAUUACAGCUUUAGUUCAUCAGGAAGUGACGGGAAGUGACGGUGGGCGUCCCGAGCAGGAGAGCUAGGCUCAGUGCUAGCUGUGAGUUUGGAGAGAGUUGGGAACUGUGUUUAUGUUGGCGUGGAUGUAAAGUCCUGCAGUGUUCUCCGCUGUUAAUAAAGCCAUUAAAGUGCAUCGGCGACGUGAGUCUCUCCUUCCCCACAACAAGCGGCAUUACAGUAUUGACCAGUGCACACCAGGAAAUAAACGGUGUCAUUUCUUACAGGCAUUGGCUGGACAGCUAUGUAGUGGGGCUUGUUUAACCUUUGCCUUGUGGGCAAGCAGGAAGGAGAGACGAUGCUGAGAGAUGUGUGUGUGUUCUGAGCUGCUGUCUGGUGGCCGCGUUCAAUAAAUAAAGUUGGCAGAAGCAACAGGAGAAGUUUCCUUCUUUGCUUCGGAGCUGAAUAACACUGACAAGUUAACAGACUAGUAGCGAACGGAAAAGAAGACGGCUUUGUUUGUGUCGAAUACAGAAGAUGAGGACUUUGAUGGAUUUGUGGAUGAGGAUUGAUGAAAAAUAACGUGAGUACAUUUUAAAAUACUUCAAUUAAGUACAACCCAACUCAGUUUUGCUCCCGCUGCCGCAUGCAUGCUAGCGUAUGUUUUUUUUUUUUUAUUGUAGCGUCGCUGGGAGCACGUCCUGUUCCCAGCCUACUUUGCCGUAAUGUUUUGGUGCAAAUGCUCUUAAAGUUACCUGUUUGACCAGGAAAUAGCAAGCUCAAAAGAAGACGGCUUUUUUAUGUGGAACAACUGACAGUUUGUGUGGAUCUUGUGAAUGAUUGUGACUGAGCUAGGACUCAGUAAUUAAAGUCAACACACGACAGCUUCAUUGAUUGAAAAACAAAACUUUUUCGUGGAUGAAGCUUCUACUUGAGUUGGUAAUUUGGCCGCUAUAUGCGGUCAGAUAUUGACCAAGGGAGACAAAAUGGGUGGCCGCUGGUCGCGUUGGACAGGUGACUGCUAUACACAGGGUCUAUAACAUGUACAUUUGCUGCGGGGGAUUUUUCAGUGGCUGCUGUAGGCAGGUGGCCGUUCUAUAAAGGUGGCUGCUAAGACAGGUUUGACUGUAGUUCUCGGGCAUAACAAUGCUAAUAACAAUAAUAAUAAUAACAAUGUGUUUCAUGUGCAGCUCACAUGAUUGAAAUGGAGGCUUUUUCAGAAGGCUUUAUAGGCGGAAUAGGUGCGUCCUAUUACGUGCAUUCUUAGCUGCCUCUUUUUAGCUGUUUUUAUAUGUUUAGAAGGUACAGAAAAGAGCAAGAUGUGCGUGUUAUGUCUUACAUAAGGGUUGUGGAUGAUGGGCUAAAUUCCCCCCAAAAAGUGCACUUUUCCAUGAAGGCAUUUUUCAUGUGUUGACAGAAAUCAUGCUAAAAUGUAUAUGUUGUUAAAAUGAUUACAAGUUGUUUAGAUGAAUACUUCAUGGUUUAUUGAAGUUUUUAUUAAAAAAUAUUAUUGCUAAAAUGUACUAUUGCUAAAAAUGGGUUCCGCUAGUAGGAAAGAUACUUCCAAGAGACAUGAUGAGCCUGUAGCUCUUUUUAGAGACCCCUUUCUUUUGGAUCGGCUCUCGAAAAAGAGUCGACUCUUUUGGCUGCUGAAAUGUUUUGUUGCUUCAGUUGAUUCCUCAUCUUAAUACGUGUAAAAUGAAUUUCUUGCGUAAAACUGGAAUUCUAUGAAAUGUUGAUUAUUUAUGUGCUUUUAGAUUUAAAUGCAGAAGCUCAACAGGGAACGCAACGCAACCAAAACACACAAAAACAAAGACAAAAACACACAUCUCCAUCCAUCCAUCUUCUUCCAAUUGUCCGAGGUGGGGGUCACGCGGGCAGAACCCUAAGCAGGGAAGCCCGGACUUUCCUCUCCCCUCUCGUCCAGCUCCUCCUGGAUCUGGAGACGUUCCCCGACACGUUGAGAGACAUACAUGUCUCUCAACAUGUCCUGGGUCUUCCCUCCCGGACAUGCCCUGAACACCUCCCCAGGGAGGCAUCCUGAACAGAUGCCCACGCCACGUCAUCUGGGUGACGGUGCUUGUAACCUUAUCUCUAAAGGGAGAGCUCAGAGAAAACUCAUUUUGUACCCACCAUCUUGUCCUUUGGGUCACGACCCAAAGCUCAUGACCAUAGGUGAGGGUAGGAACGUAGAUGGGGGGGUAAAUUGAGAGCGUUGCCUUUCAGCUCAGCUCCCUCUUCACCACAACGGGCUGAUGCAGAGUCCGCAUCACUGCAGACACCGCUCCAGUCCACCUCCUGUCCAUCUUGUGUUCCAUCCUUCCCUCGCUCGUGAGCAACACCUCGAGGUACUUCAGCUCCUCCACUUGGGGUCCUUGGGGUCCUCCUACUUGGGGACACUCAGACUUGGAGGUGCUGAUUCUCACACUCAGCUGAGAACCGAUCCGGUGAGACUUGAAGGUCACGGCUCCAUGAAGCCAGCAGGACCACAACAUCUGCAAAAAGCAGACACCCGAUCCUGCAGCCACCAAACUUGAUCAAAAUAAAGAACAGAAUCGGUGACAAAAGGCAGCCCUGGCGGAGUCCAACCCUCACUGGAAACGGGUCCAACUUACUGGAAGCAAUGCCAACCAAAGUCUGACACCGGUCAUGCAGGGGACCAAUGGCCUGAAUUAGGUGGUCUGGUACUCCUGGAGUACUCGCUACAGAAUUCCUCGAGGUACACAAUGGCAUGCCUUCAAUGCCCACAAAGCGCAUGUGGACUGGUUGGGCAAACUCCCAUGCACCCUCACGGACCCUGCUGAGAGCCCAGGGGUCCUCUCCAGAACCCCUGAACAGACCUCACCAGAUAGACUGAGGUGAUCUCAUGAUAGAUGGAGUGCACUCUCUGGUCCCACCACCCCGGCCUGCCAAAACAGAGGCACCGCCCCCAUGUCCACGCGAUGCUGCAGAGUCAUGUCAACCAAGACACCCCCCACCCAGGAGCUUUUUGACAACCUUGCAGCCUCAGCCCCCGAGAUAGGAGAGCCCACCCUGGGGUCCCGAGGCAGCACUUCCUCAUCGGAAGAGUCAUCUCAAUUAGACGAAAGGUUCCAAUCUGAUAGUCAAUCAAAAACAUAGAAGACAAAGUAGCAUCCAGCUAAUAAGACUUUUUGCUCGCCUUUCGUGAAGAUUGGCGUGUCUCAGCUUUUGUUUCCUGCUGUUGUUUUCCUCACCUUUUUUAGCCUGCUUGUGUGUGUACCCCCCCCCCCCCCUUUUGACCAAGAACAGGAAAAAAGGACAAGAAAAACCACGUAUUGUUCAAAGAGCCCGUUGGUCACCACUUGCGACGUCGUUCCACGCUGAGCGCCCUCAUUUUCAUUCCAGUCUGCUUGGUUUACAUACGUUUGUAUAUCCGUGCUAACUUUAUUGACAUGUGAUUUCAUGAGUCUUUCAUGAUCUUGGCAUGAAGACAAUUAAACGCUAA